GUUAUCUAGGCGUUUCCUGACAAUCGCUCUCACAAACUACUCCUCCAAACUCCUGUAUACUCCAUAGUCCAUCUCCUUUGCGUGAGUUUUUGACCGUUUUAAUCUUCUGUACAUACGAGACUGACAUUGAGCCACAGAAUGCAGAUUUUUGUGAAGACGCUCACUGGCAAGACCAUCACUCUUGAGGUCGAGUCCUCUGAUACCAUUGAUAACGUCAAGGCCAAGAUCCAAGACAAAGAGGGUAUUCCACCUGACCAGCAGCGUCUCAUUUUUGCUGGCAAGCAGCUUGAAGACGGCCGCACCCUCUCCGACUACAACAUCCAGAAGGAGUCCACCCUUCAUCUCGUUCUUCGUCUACGUGGCGGUAUGCAGAUCUUCGUCAAGACCCUCACGGGCAAGACGAUCACGUUGGAGGUGGAGUCUUCUGACACCAUCGACAACGUGAAGGCGAAGAUCCAGGACAAGGAGGGCAUCCCCCCUGACCAACAACGCCUCAUCUUCGCCGGCAAGCAGCUUGAAGACGGCCGCACCCUCUCCGACUACAAUAUCCAGAAGGAGUCCACCCUUCAUCUCGUCCUCCGUCUUCGUGGCGGUAUGCAGAUCUUCGUCAAGACCCUCACGGGCAAGACGAUCACGUUGGAGGUGGAGUCCUCCGACACCAUUGACAACGUCAAGGCGAAGAUUCAAGACAAGGAGGGUAUCCCUCCCGAUCAACAGCGCCUCAUUUUCGCCGGCAAGCAGCUCGAAGACGGCCGUACCCUUUCAGACUACAACAUUCAGAAGGAGUCUACCCUCCAUCUCGUUCUUCGUCUUCGUGGCGGUAUGCAGAUCUUUGUCAAGACCCUCACGGGUAAGACGAUCACAUUAGAGGUGGAGUCAUCAGACACCAUCGACAAUGUCAAGGCGAAGAUUCAGGACAAGGAGGGUAUCCCACCGGACCAGCAGCGUCUGAUCUUUGCUGGCAAGCAGCUGGAAGACGGUCGCACUUUGUCGGAUUACAACAUCCAGAAGGAGAGUACACUUCACCUUGUGCUACGUCUUCGUGGUGGGCUUUAGUAUCGAGUGUUCUCGCAUACCUAUCGUUUAUUUGACAUCACCGUAGUAUCCUGCUGUAGUACCAUCCCAUCAUUAUUGCAUCGUACUGUGAACUUUAUUCUUCAAUCCAAAUGAACUUUCUCCAAGGUAC